CCAUGGUUAAGGUGAUCCUCGUCUUCAGUAACCACAGGAAGCUGGGGCUGUGCAAGUUCUACCAGUCCUGUUUUGAAGAUCCACAACAGCAAAUCAUCAGGGAGACAGUCCAUUUGGUAUCUAUGAGAGGUGAAAAUGUUUGUAAUUUCCUAGAAGGAGGAUUAUUAAUUGGAGCAUCUGACAACAAGCUGAUUUAUAGACAUUAUGCAAUAUUAUAUUUUGUGUCCUGUGUGAAGUCUUCAGAAAGUGAACUUGGCAUUUUAGAUACAAUUCAACUUCACAAUACUCUUGCAGAAAUGGUGAUGGGAGGAAAGGUAUUGGAGACCAACAUGAAUGAGAUCAUUACACAAAUUGAUGCACAAAAUAACCUGGAGAAAUCUGAGGCUGGCUUAAUAGGAGUUCCAGUCCGUGCUGAAUCAGCUGUAAAGAAUAUGAAUCUUCUUGAGAUCUCAGGCAAUAUUAACAUUGGUCACAUCAGUAUAAAAGUGCCAAACCUGCUCUCUUUUAAAUAA